AUGUCUGCCUCGGCGUCUUUCACCUCAAUUCCAGUCUUGGACUUUACGCAGACGUUAUCGCCGGCCACCAAACCGGGAUUUCUUGCUCAGCUGCGGGAUACACUUAUCAAUGUAGGGUUUCUGUAUCUUCAAAACCCACCGAUCUCCCACGAUGUGCAGGAUACAUUUACUGCCAAAGGGCUGGAGCUAUUCCACCUACCUUUGGAGAAGAAGCUGAAGAUCGAGAUGGUAAACAGCCCGCACUUUCUCGGCUACUCCAGGCUGGGUGCAGAGAUCACUGCAUUGAAGCCUGAUCAUCGAGAGCAGUUUGAUUUUGCAACCGAGCUUCCAGCGCCGGGCCCUGAUGAGCCGUUGUACAGGAAUAUCUGCGGGCCAAAUCAGUGGCCGGACGAAAUCACAAUUCCUGGGUUUCGUCAGGCGUUGGAGCUCUACCUGUCAGAAGUCCACCAGCUAUCUACGACCUUCACAGCCCUCAUCGCCGAGGCUCUGGAUCUCCCUCCGACGGCGAUGGAUGGGGUUUUUGAUCAUCCUCAACAACAUAAACUGAAAUUGAUCAAGUAUCCCCCUCCGCCUGCCAGCCAGGUCGACGAUGGGAUCGGCUUCCAAGGUGUGGGCCCCCACAAGGACUCCGGCUUUCUCACAUUUUUGCUACAAGCAACGCCCCACCGAGGCCUGGAGGUGCAAAACAAAUCCGGUGAAUGGGUAUCAGCGCCUCCCCUCCCAAAUACCUUCGUGGUCAAUAUUGGUCGCGCCCUCGAAGCUCUGACGGGUGGGAUUUGUACUGCGACUACGCACCGGGUGUGUCUAAGGCCAGAUAAUUUUGUUGAUGCCGAAGGGAAUUCCUUGGGGCCGCGGUUCUCUUUUCCGGUCUUUCAAGGGGUGAGUCCGGAUCUCUCAGCCGACAAAAUCACUCUUGUCGUUCCUGACCACAUUCGGGCCCUGGUGAAGGACGAAAAGGCCAAAUCUGACGCAGAGGCAACUUUCAAUCAGAUGUUCAAGACAAGCAUCGGCGAGGGUACUUUUGUUGCGCGGGUAACCAGCCAUCAGGAUGUAGGCCAGCGAUGGUAUCCGGAUGUUUUGGCCAGGGCACUUCAGGGCCAGCGGGAGUUUAGUGCUUAG